UUUUUUUCCGAAUAAUUGUGUUUACUUAGGAAAGCGUAAUCGGAAAACAGUUUCUGGCGGUUUUAUAAUGUUUUGCUAAAGUGUACUUUGAGUACCCUGGGUGGCCGUCGCUGGCUGAGCUGUCGCAUUUACUCCGUGGUCAAUGUCUUGAAGGAAUCUCCAAAGGGAUGAUGCCCAACUUCUACGAUGGUUCGCGUCCCACGAUGGUGCCCACCAGCUCCAGUCUGCCGGUGCUGCUGGGAAACAACGUAAACCAAGGGGACGCGAACUCAAAAAAGAACCUGCUCCACUUCGAUCUGGAAGCCACUCUGCAGACGAUCGAUAACGAAGUGCUCGAUGGCGAGGAAGGAAGCUGUCCGAUUUGCAAUAAAACGUUCAGCCGCAAAAGCUCGCUUUUGAACCACAUCCGUAAUCACUCGGCGGAGAAGAAAUACGUUUGUGAAUUUUGCCAGAAAGGUUUCACACAGCAAGCCAAUCUGCGUAAUCACGUGCGUAUUCACACCAACGAACGGCCAUACGUUUGUGUCGACUGCGGGAAAGCCUUUACUCAGAUUACGAAUCUGAACAACCACAGACGAUUGCAUACAGGCGAAAGACCAUACGUUUGUAUAGAGUCAAAUUGUGGCCGUUCGUUUGCGCAGGUCACAAACUUGAACAACCACAUGAAAACGCACCACAAGACCACCCUGUACGUAUGCAACCAGUGCCCGCGCAAGUUUAGCCAAGUAACUCAAUUGAACCUUCAUUUAAUUACCAACCACAGUUCGGCUAGGGGCUUUUUCUGUCCGCAGUGCCCAAACAAAUCUUUCAAGCAGCAAUCGCACCUGCAGCAGCACAUGAAAAUACACGGCACAAACUUCGGAUACUCGUGCACCAAAUGCGAGGAAAAGUUUAUUCAAGAAUCGCAUCUCGUGCUGCACAUGAAGCAGCACGGCGAUUACGCCUGCACCAUGUGCACGAUGACCUUUAACGAUGAGGUUCUGCUGAAGAAGCACGUACAAAGGCACAUCGACGGGAGAUAUCUAACCUGUCCGGUCAUUAGCUGCGGCGAGGGUUUCACGAUGAAAAACCACCUGACGAAGCACAUGCAAAUGCACCAUCCCGCCGUUGAUCUCAAAAAACUGGGCGGGCAGGCCGGUGCCAAUAAGGCGCCGAAACACUUCUGCCAUUACCACAACUGCAACGACUCGUUCGAAACGGCCGACGGGCUGAGCAAUCACUUGCGCCUAGCGCACGGGCUCCCGGUCGGGUUGCCGCUGCCAGACGAUAAAAAACUGAUCCAACACGGACUGCACGGUUUGAACGGCAUCGAACCGCCCCAGCACCUGAUCCAGCAGCUGCACCCAGCCUCGGCCGUGAUGAACGCCAGCUUUCAGUCAUAUCAGAAUCAGAUUAAUCAGGCGAACCAGCAGCAAGAGAACGGUGGCGGGUCCGCCGAUAGCAAGCAAAAGGUUCUCUCUGUAUCGGAGAUGCUGAGCAUCAAUGAUCAUCUGAAUCAACAUCAGCAAGUGCAACAUCAGCAGGCGCAGCAACAUCAACAGAAUCAGCACCAUCAGCAGCAGCAACAACACCAUCUGCAACAACGAAGCAGCGAUAUGGGCGUGAAAACCGACAUCGACCAAUCACUUGAAGACAAAAUGAACAAUUUCAAUCGCAUUAAAACGGAGCUGCAAGCCAACAUGCUGGCCCAGACGCAAAAUCUGUUCGGCAUCUCGGGCACACUGAACACGCUGGCGGCCCAGCCGAAACUGAUCUGCAACUAUUGCUAUAACGUUUUCAAGACACCGCAAACACUGUCGCGGCACAUUGAAAAGUUUCACAGUUAAAUCUGUGCCGUGUGCCGUCGCUGGAUCCGGUUUUUGGUUUUGCGUGUUUCGUUUUCCAUACACUCGUCAAUAAUCCUCUCGGGACGCGACCGGGAGUGGAGAUUUAUCGCAUUUACAUUUGGCCGCCCUUCCCCGCCACACGGUAGCUACCAUGUAACGUUUUAGUAUACGUAACCGAUCGACAUGCUUAGGCGUAACUUUCAUCCAAUUACCAGUGUUAUCCAUCCUCCGAGUCUCUAAUCGUUCUGUUACAAAACAAGGGUUCUAGCAGAAAAUGGUUGAAACAGAAAACGAGGCAUUGUUAAUGGAACGCGAACAAACAUGAAACUAUUUGUACACCUUGCAUCUCAUAGGGUUUGUUUAGGGUCAUUCAUGAUUAUGCUCAAAAGACUGCACGUACUCUCUGUCUCUCUCGCGGGGUACGGGUGGCGUAUUUUGGUGGUUACAAAACGAAUUGCAUAAGUUGUAGCGCAUUUACCUUAAAGAAAGGAAAUCCGAAAAGAAAACUUAGUUAAGGCAGCAGGGAAUAAAAAUGUUUCUACAAAAAAGUACAAAGUGAGCGAAAACAAUUUUUAAAUCAACUCUCGCGGACGAAGCAGUAGGAAGGGAAUGUGAGCAUAAGAAAUAUUUUCCCUCAGUUGCAACCCGUGUAUUGACGAGCGACAAUGAUGUAUUAAUUGUAGGGCUAAAAACUUUUAACAAUAUAUUUACCGGCGGCCAUUUGUUGUUAGAAAAAAAACAGACCGACAGGCAUAAAGAGAGAGAGAGAGAGAGAAAAAGAUGUAAAAGUACUAUUGAAACCCAUUUAAAUGUCUGAACCAUUAACGUAGAAAGUGUGCCGGAACCACUUCGUCAACUCGUUAGAAAGGAGGAAUGGUGUUCGUGUAGGAUAAACGGAACAGUUUACGCCGUUGUUGAACAUCUCUCACUGCUUUCGUAUGAGCCUAUACCGUGUAAACCGAUUGAAUGUAGAGUGAAGUAUGUUUAUGUCAAGUUCAACAUAAAUCCGGGGUACUUGAGGCAAUACCUAGAUUAAUGAGAAAUAAAUGGAACUACUAUUUC